AUGUCUCGCCGCUACGAUUCACGAACAACCAUCUUCUCGCCUGAGGGCCGUCUCUACCAAGUCGAAUACGCUCUUGAGGCUAUCUCGCACGCCGGAACUGCUUUGGGUAUCUUAGCAAAGGAUGGCAUUGUCCUGGCCGCCGAGCGCAAGGUCACCAGCAAGCUGCUCGAACAAGACACAUCCGCCGAGAAGCUGUACACCCUGAAUGAGUUCGUCGACGCAUCUCAUUUAUGUCUCACUAUCGAUGCUGACCUCUUUGAAGUNAACAUGAUCUGCGCCGUCGCUGGAAUGACCGCCGAUGCCAACAUCCUCAUCAACUACGCCCGCUCAGCUGCCCAAAACUACCUCCUCACCUACAACCAAGAGAUUCCUUGUGAACAGCUCGUCCGCCGCCUGUGCGAUCUGAAGCAAGGUUACACUCAACAUGGUGGUCUGCGUCCCUUCGGUGUUUCGUUCAUCUACGCUGGUUACGACGACCAGCGCCAGUUCCAACUCUACCAGAGCAACCCCAGUGGCAACUACGGUGGUUGGAAGGCUACCAGUGUUGGCGCAAACAACGCCAGCGCUCAGAGUUUGCUCAAGCAAGACUACAAUGACGAGUGCUCAUUGAGAGAAGCCUGUGGUUUGGCCGUCAAGGUCUUGAGCAAGACUAUGGAUUCCACAAACCUCAGCAGCGAAAAGAGUACGUUCCGUUUUCGAUAA